AUGAGUGAUGCCUUGGUUUGCAGCGAGGAAGAUCCCGAGGUCAUCGAAGAAAUCAGUUGUGAAUGUAGGUUUUGCCAAAUUUCUACAGCCUCCUUGGAGGGUUUCAUAGACGCCUUUAUGCCUCACCUCCAUUGCUUCAUCAAAAAAAAAACGAUUAUAAUUUCAGUGUACCAACAAACCUUCGACUCUUGUGACACUGUCAAAAAUACGGACACAUUUUUCUUUUGCAAAUGCGACGAAGGUUUUGAGAAUGUCGACGGAAACUAUGGAACUUGCACAGGUACGCUCAGUUCUAUAUUUUGAGCACAUUUAACAUUUUUUCAGCGGUUGAUCACUGUAAAACUGUGGGCUCCUCAAUUUGCAGAGGUCAAACUUGUACUCCCGAUGGAGCCGAGUUUUCGUGCAGCUGUGGAGCUGGAUACAUGGGAAUUGAUCGGAGCGGCUAUAUAAUGCCACCAGCUCAAGUCAAUGGCAAGAGAUUGCUGUUUGACGGGCAGUCUUGCGUUGGUAAGAGAGAGGGCCACGUUACGUGGCAGUAUUCUUUAUACAGUCAAACCUCUGCACAACGAAUCGCAAAAAACUAGAGAAAAUAUUCGUUUUUGAAGGGCUCUGUUGUGCGAAGGCUCGUUUUGGCCUUUAAUUGAAUUUGGGGCACUUUGAAAAUAGUCCAUUACGGAAAGGUUUCUUUAUACGAUAGUUCGUAGUAUAGAGGGAAAUUUUUCCCUAUAAUAGACUCUUAGAAUUGCCAGAAUUAUAUGUUAUCGCCUUCUUUAUCGUACUAGAGUUUAGUGUACAGUCUGUAUAAGUUGCUUUUGCCCUCACUGCACUUCUACUCGGUGCCCUUUUGCCCCCAAGAGCUCUUUCGGUCAAUUAGUGAACUAGCCACUGUCUCUAUUGCUUCUAUUGGCGCUGUGCCAUCGAAGCCAAGGUCAUGCCCGUCCACACAAUCAGUCCUACUGGGGUUAAUUUUUGGGAUUUCUGCCUGAAGAGUCGGUCAAACGUUAACGCUUCCCUAGCUUCCGUCAACUGUCUUUGCCGACUCACCGCCGAGACGAGUGUACGAUAUAGCGACUAUAUAUUACAUCUUCCACUCGGUUUGUAAAUAUUAUAUCUUUUGCUCUGUCCUGAAGCAAAUCUGCAUGCAUCUGCCCGUUGAACCUUUACGGUUAAGAUCUUCAUUUCAGCUAGACGAUGCUCCUUAUCCGACCUGCAGAAAUUUGAUGGUAAGACUCGUGCCUAUGGCGCAAUGCCACCUUUACAAAACGCACCGUUCUGACAGUCUUUUCUCAAUUUUUUCCAGGGCUUGCAAUCGUCGCGGCCGACAGUCCAUACUUCAACGUCGACGACACCGUCGAAGUUUACACGUCGCUUUACCAAGUCCCAAAGACUGUCCGCUGUAAUAAAAACUUCGAAUGGGAAGAGAUUAUUCCAAAAAUCCGUAAGUCUUGUCAGGAAAUUGCUUAUAAGUAUGAGAUUACCCACAAGAAUGUUUAAAAAUACGGAUUUUUUAAUGGAGUAGACUUUUCGCUAUCAGCUGUCUGUGCAGUUUAUACGAAUUGUGUGUCUUUUAUAUCAGUCUGUCGGGAAAGUAAUGUGGACUCGUUGUGCCUUGGAAUUGCAUCAUUGCUUUGCGACGGCUUGCCGCUACUGGGGAUUUCAUGCGCGACUGCAGCGAAGCCUGACAUUUUUCAGCGACAAAUCCACCAAAACUCCACGUUAUUUUCCCGACAGACUGAUAGUCACAAUUUUUUUCGACAAUACCAUAAAUUUGCAAUUUUAGACUGCACUCGUCCGGACAUCACCUAUGUAAAACCAGAGCAGUAAGUUCAUUAAAAUUUUCCGCCUGGCAUCUUCAUUGCCGGCAGACUAACCAUUGCAUUUUUAGGCCAUACUAUCGGCCGCAUGACAAAAUUGAAGUGGCUUGCGGAGUGGACACAUCACUUUACUUGCGUGGACCGAAUAUCUUGGAAUGUCUUGGAGAUCACUGGAGCUUUCAGAGUACUUGCAAGAGUAAGUGGGCUGGAAUUGCGUCAAAUGCGACGCUUACAAAAACACAUGUGUUCGUGGAAGUGUUCUUCCACAUAUCUUGCCCGAGUCAAAGCAUUGUCAGCGAAGAUAUUCAGCGAUUGUUGCCGACGCGCGCAAUGCGAUGAGUUAUCAGAGAAAAACAUGUUUUUGGCCAUAGCUAAGCCAAUUUUUUUAAUGAGUUAUUUUUUGUAGAAACACUGCAAUUUUCGGUAGGAGUAAGGCAAUUUUUUUCGGAAAAAUCUUUUCACCAACUCUGCCUAGAAGCGUCAAUUUUUCCUGCAAACCGCGAGCAAUGAAACCCCAUUCUAGUCAAGAAGAAGUUAGGGCAUUACCUUGUAUCAUGCGUCAUCCAGAUACGAUCUUUGCAUUUCAAGCACUGCUCUACAAACCUGAAAAAGAAAACUGUUCAAGAAAUAACCACUUUUUCAGAGCACCAGUGUGCCGAACCCAAUAUAGCAGGCAUCGAGUCUUUGGAGUUUGUGGAUAAACCAAAGUCCUUUGAAGUUGGGACUAAGAUCGAAUUCAAAUGUCGAGCAGGAAUAUUAAAAGGGAAAUCAACGUUAAUAUGCAAUAAGGCACCAACUGAUCAACCCCCCGUGAGAUGGAAUCCAGAAGAAUUACCGAUCUGUGAGGAGUCAACUCUUCCUCCUCCUCCUCCCCCUUCUACUCCUCCUCCUCCUACUCAUCCUCCUACUACUCAUCCUCCUACUCCUCCUCCUCAUCCUCCUACUAUUCCUCCUCCUCCACGUAAGUGUUUUUGGCGUCUCGUGUUGCCGCCUGAACUCUCAGUGGCGGCUUAAUUUUUUCCGCGGUGCAGAGUUUUCAUGGAAUCCAAAAAUUGCUAUCAUUCAGUAGUCAUCAUUUUGUAUACAUAGCUAUAGAUUUCAGAGGCUUCUUGUCCAACAUGGCAGAUUACUGAUCCGCACUUGCAAAUUCAAGGCGGUGAUAAAUCACCUUAUAUGCCUGGCGACAGUAUUAAGUUCAUAUGUGAUGGACCCACUGAAAUGGUGGGGGACCCAACGUACAAGUGUCUCGCGGCGGACGAAGAAAAAGGCGAGCGAUUUCCGAAGUGGGAUCACGAUGAGUUGCCGCAUUGUAAACAUGUUGACGUAUUUGACUGCGAAUUGAAGCUGAAUUCGGGAGUGAUUUCGAAUUCCGAGGGCUUGAAACUGGGAGAGAGUGCGACGUUUCAAUGUGCACAGCCCAAUUACAAAUUGUCACGUAAGUUGAUUUCUUUAUUCUUACAGUGGCGGACCUGAUUCAGUGGCAAAAAAUAUAUUAUUUUCCUUCCGGGAAGCAUCAAAAAUGUAGCAAAAUACCUCCCUCUCCAACUAAAAAACUCCGCUCAAAUCGGAGCUUUAUCACUUGGAAAGAGAGCUAUUUUUCUGCAUUUUUUGCUACUUCCCGGAUGCAAAAUGCUACGUUUUUGCCACCGGAUCAGGUCCGGCACUGUAUGUAAAAAUUGUUUGCGCAAAAAACAUUUUUUUAACUAGGCCACUGGACCUACGCCUAAAAAAUAAUAAUUUUUAUCCCCCAAAAAAAUCCUUAAUCCAUUUUCAGAUACCAACCCCGUCACCUGCAUUAAUUCCCAGACCCGUCGUCGACGCGCUUCCAACCGUUGCAUUGCCCAAUGGCAAGCUCCCGAGUUCCUUCAAAUCGACCAACCUGCCACUUUUUACUGCGAACUCCAACCUGAAUGCUCUGAACUAACGGUGGAAUGGACAAGUCAUCGAGAGCCUUCAACCUUGACCACUUUUCGAAGCAAGAACUCGGCGUUCGGCACAAUAACUCGUGUGAAGAGUUCGGAUAGCGGAAGCUACACUUGUGAAGUUCGAGAUGUCAACAAUGAGCUGGUGGAUCAGGUUUCGGCCAUUGUAAGGGUUGGAGAAGCUGAUGAGAUGAUAACAACUCCGUUUCUUGUUAAUACAAGGUAAGCGGAUAAAGUCAUCAAAAAGGGUUGCUACGACUUUUCGAGUCGGCAACGAUUCGUGUCAACAAUACUAUGGAUUGCGUUGGUUCGACGUUGUGCAUUGGGGAGGCUAGGAGAAGCCUUAGUUAGCAGAAAUAAUAAGAAUGGUCGGGUCCUAGGAAAAAGCCGACAUAUUGCAAGUCUUCGCAAGUCUCCGCCGAGCCUGCGCCAAGCGUUCGCCGAUCAUCCGACGGCUUUGCCAGGCUUUGUAAGCACUUCCUACAUUGCAAAGCCCCCUAUUGUGGAGACGUUGCAAAAGAUAAGAAUGUUUUUUUGCAAGGCACUCGCUCUGUGCAGAAACUAUCAAGAUUUUUGUCGCUUUCCCCUUCAAAUCCAAUGUUCUUUCAGCCCGGCCCCUCUCACUUCCCCGUUAACCCUUCCACAUUUGGAUUUUCCCAUUCCGGAAUGCAUCGAUCAACAGCCGAUGCAACUCUCCUGCCUGCCUCAACUGGACCUCGAACGGUUGCCCUCCGGCUUCAUUUCGCCUGUCUCCGUUCCAUGGCCCACAAUCUCCGAUAACGAUCCGAAUAUCCGGAUUUCCACGGACCUGCCCGGAUUAGGCUCCGCCCCUUUUACAUUCACCGGCAAUGAGGAUGUAAUCCAUUGGAUGGCCGAGGACAUGCAUGGAAGUCGAGCGGAGUGCACAACAAAAGUCGUGAUUAACAGUAAGUUACAAUUAAAAAAGUAACAAAAACUGUGAAAAGAAAAAAAAAAUUAUUAUUUUUUUUUGAAGGUACCCAAAUUUUUACAAUUUUGAUAUUGCUAAAACUAGGCACAAGUUAGAUUAAUAUCAAUCGAAUAAUAUUUCCACAAACAAUCAGUCUUUUCCAAACAAAAUUCGCCAAGAUAAGUGAAAAACGCCUUCUGUCUGACGACCUCCUCAUUUCGCAUGAUCUCUCAUUGUCAGAAAAAUAUCACGUAAAUGCUCUCGGUUGAAAUUUCGAACUCAAAUUUUUUUAGGAUUGAUUUACUCCUCUUGCUGA